AAAUCGGCCAACAUGGCCACGAGCUGGGGAGUGUAGCCUAGUAACAAGAAGCCUCCUGCUGUAGCGAGGAAACACCAGGCGUUUUUACCGGAAGAUAAUCGCUCGGUCUUCGGCUGUUUCCAGCUGAGUGCCAGAAGCAGGUCGACCUGUACGAGGUUGCUGGUUCGAUUCCCUCCGUGUGACUGAGAUCUGAAGCAGCAAGAUGCCGGGGAAAAGCAGCGACAGCUUCAAACCAGGAGACCUGGUGUUCGCCAAGAUGAAGGGCUUCCCUCACUGGCCUGCCAGGAUCUGUAAGUCGGACAACGGAUACAAGAAGCGAGUCCCGGUCUUCUUUUUCGGAACCCAUCAGAUAGGUCACCUCCCCCCAGAGAACAUCGUCCCUUAUGUCGGUAACAAGAUGAAGUACGGCAGCGGCGUUCGCAUCAAAGGCUUCACUGAGGGCAUGUGGGAGAUCCAGAACACGCCUGGAGUCGGGAGUAAACUCAAAAUUGGAGCAAAGACCAACACACAGACUACAUCCACUAAACAGACACCUGCUCCUAAAACAGCAAACGACGAAUCUAAAAAUGUCUCCACCAAAUCAGCUCCCGGUAAAACCGCCCCUGUGAAGCCCGACAGUAAACCCUCUGUUGACAGAGGUAAAACAGAACCUGCUGCUCCAACAAGAGCUUCGCUAAGAUCCGCUCCAGAGAAAAGGUCACAGUCCAAACAGGCGUCUGAGAAAGAUGUCACAGCUACGGAAACACCGGAGACGACAAGAAGCAGAAGCAGAAUUAAAAACACAGCAGCAAGCACGACGACAGGGCCUGAAAAGGAGGUUGUUGCUGAACAGCAGAGGAAGAGGACGACAGCUAGUCCUGCUGCGACAGCUCCAGCGGACAGAAAGAAGGUGAAGACAGCAGAGACGUCCCAGAACAACAGAGGACAGAAAGACCAGAAGGAAGAAGGGAAGAAGACUUCUGAGAAUCAAGGAAUCAAGAGGAAGAGAGAAGAGGAGGAGGUGGAAGAAGAGGUACAAAAGAAAACAGAGGAGAAAACAGAAAAGAAGCCAUCUGAGAAAGUGGAGGAAAAGAAAGAGAAGAAAACGAAGCAGGAUGAAGGUGUGGAAGGAAAGAAAGAGAAGAAAUCCACAGAAACUCAAGGUGUGAAGACGAGGAGAGCAGAGAAAGAGGAACAGAAGGAGGAGAGGAAAACAACAAAACAGGAUGGGAACGAAGGAAGGAAAGAGGAGAGGACGAGAGAAACGAGGUCAGAGAUCAAAGGAACGAAAAGGACGAGAGAAAAGGAGGCACAGCAGAAAAUGACGAAGGAUGAUGGAGGAGGAAAGAAAGAAGAGGGGACCAGACGAGAGGAGAAACAGGAUGAAGGUGUGGAGGGGAAGAAAGACGAGAUGAAGAAGCCAGAGGAGAGAGAAGGGACGAAGACGAGGAGAGAGGAGGAGGAGGAGGAAAAGGAGAAAGAAGGUGGUUCAGAUGAGGAGCGACAGCAGCGUCUGGCAGCAAAGCGAGAGAGUUUGCUGAGAUCUCUGAGAGGCCUGCUGAAGGCCGGGAGAGGAGGGAAGAGGAGGGAGACGCCGAAGAGCGCUGAGAAAGCUGGGGACAGAGCAAAGAAGAAGACCGAGACCAAAAAGACAGAGAAGAAGAGUGUGAAAGAAUCAACCGUCACAAAGACGAUGAUCAAGAAAUCAGGCGGCAGAUCCUCCACCAGCAAGAAGCUCAGCGGAGAGGUGGAGAUACAGACGGAGGAGGAAGACAAGAAGAUCCGAAAAACAACUGAGGUCACACAGAAGGAAAGUGCAAAGAAAGAAGAAAAGGACGAGAUAAAGACGACAGCAGAGAGAAGACAGAGGGCAAAGAUGAACGAAAAGGAAGUCAGGCAGAAGAAGGAGGAAAAAACAAAGACAGAGGAAAAGAAAAACGAGGGGGUGAAAGAGAAGAAGGUAGAGGACAAGAAAAAUGAUGAAGCAAAGCAGCAGAAAGAUGAAGAAAAGAAGGACGAGAGAAAAAUAAUCGGAAAGAUUGUGAAAGCAACGGCCGGACAGGGAACGAAGGUUCAGGUGAAGACGAUGAUGGGAGGAGCCACGGCAGCAGCAGUGGACGAGGAAAAGCAGAAGAAAGAGGAGAAGACAGGCUGCAGAAAGGUAGAAGAGAAGAAGAGCUCAGAGAAAGUGAAGGGGACGGAGAAAGACAAGAAAGGUGAAGAUAAAAAGACAGAAAAAAGCACAGAGGUUGGAAGGAAAUCUGAGAGAACAAGAGCAGUGACGGAGGACAAGAAAGAGAAGACCAUAACUGAGGCAGAGAAUAAGAAGGGCGAGGACAAGGAGGACAAACGAAAGACGAGCAGCGACGACGAGACGACGCUGAAGAAGAAUGAAGAGCAAAAAUCACAGAGGAACUUACAGGAGAAGAAGAACGAAACCGAGGUGGAAAAGAUGACAACAAGAGAAGAGAAGAAGAAAGAGGAAUCACAGGAGAGGACAGACGACAGAACGGUGGCAGGUCAAACAAAGAAAACCGAAGGGACAAAAACACAGAAGAAGAACGAUGGAGCGACAACAGACUCAGCUCAGGAGUCAGAGACUCCACGAGCCGAGUCCAAAACCGAGAACGAAGCAAAACUGGACAAGACGAGCGCAGAAGACGGCGGUAAACCGAAGAGUGAUUCGUCAGAUGGAGGGAAGGCGGAGCAGGUGCAGCCGGAGGUGAAGCAGCAGCAGAAGAAGAGUCCGACCAUGACGCUGACAGACUCGACUCUGCACAGGAUCCACGGAGACAUCAGGAUUUCUCUAAAGACGGACAACCCGGACAUCGGUAAGUGUCUGACGGCCUUGGAUCAGCUCAGUAUGGUUUAUGUGACGUCUCAACAUGUCCAGAGACACAGUGAGCUCGUGUCCACCCUGAGGAAGAUGCGGUGCUACAGAGCAAACCAGGCCAUCAUGGACAAGGCCUCCAUGCUGUACAACCGCUUCAAGAACGCCUUCCUGCUGGGGGAGGGGGAGGAGGUGGUGAGCGCCUCCUUCCUGCGCUCGCUGUUGGAGGAGAAGGAGAGGGAGGAGGCUCAGAGGGUGGAGCGCUGCAAGGAGAGGCUGAGGAGGGAGGAGGUGCUGCAGGAGGUGAAGAGACGUAUGGGACAGGUGAAGGAGAGGAGGACUGACGGAGGAGGGGAGGAAGAGGAGAGGAGAGAGAGAGGGGGGGCAGGAGGAGAAGAUGGAGGAGGAGGUGCAGAAAGAAGAUAAAUAAGUGGACUCUUCCUGAAGCGGCCCGGACCGAACCAACUCCCCUCUGAGGGGUGUGGACCUGAAACAGUCCCUCUACACGGACAGUGAGAAUGUCCACAACUGUUUACCUCAUCACACACGUACCAGAGUAUUACCUGUACCU